CUCUGCUCUGCAUUCUGGACGAAGGGUUCCUACCAUUCACCAGGUUGCAAGUGAAACCAUCCUGGUCGCUCUGUCUCUCUGUCUCUCUGAAAGUUAGACAUGGUCUUGAAAGACACUACAGAAAAAGCAAGUCGAAAUCAUAGUCGAAAUAAUCAAAAAGUACUCCGUAGUCGACCGUUAUUUGACACCAGUGAAGUACUAGAUCAGAAUUCGGUACGGAGGACGGCGGUUGAUCGCCAGCUUACCCUGGGAAAUGUGCGCCACGAGUUGAGCCGUUAUGCUAGGCUAAUGUUGUACGGGAUCGACGCAGAUGGCGAGGGGAAUCUCGAUCGGUUUCUUUGGCUGGAAAGUCUCCUUGGACCGCUGUCCUUCAGCGCUGUAUGGCCCAAGCUUUGCUGUCGCGUUCUCCAGGCGCGUGGAAUGGAGGCGGUCGCGAUAGUGCUCGUGGCCCUGCGACAAUCGAUAACAACGGGUAGAGCGCGCUGGCCCAAUCACCGCGCCGGCGCUUCGCGUCAGUUCAUGGGACGCCUCCUGGUGAAGCAGCAAUCUGAUGGGAUUGGAUGAAAAUGGUUUCAUGUCAGAUGGACUAGUAGCUUGGAUGCAAUGGCUCAUUUCAGAAAAGGACCUGUCUCUUGGGGAAGGA